AAAAUCAUGGUGAAUGUCCUUCCUCCGCAUUUAGCUGUUGUAGAAGUACGUAAAAAGACCACGAAGACCUCAUUAUCUGUAGAAAGACAUAAGUGUAGGUCUCCAAAGAAAAAUUAGCAAGAUCCAAAUAUACAGGGAUACCGAGGAUGCCCAAAAGAUGGCAAUCAUGAGAAAGGCCUUCCAAAUGUUCGACACGACAAAGUGUGGUUAUAUUGAAACACUGAAAAUUUCCACGAUCUUGAACACAAUGGGUCAACUUUUCGACGACCACGAAUUGACACAACUGAUAAGGAAGAAUGAUCCUGAUAAUAGUGGAAGGGUAAAUUUUGAUGGUUUCUGCAAUAUUGCCUCUCAUUUUCUCGAAGAAGAUGACGACGAAUCGACCCAGCAAGAACUCAAGGAAGCUUUCAGAUUAUAUGAUAGAGAAGGUAAUGGCUACAUAACUACUGCAACCUUGAAAGAAAUCCUUGGUGCACUUGAUGAUAAUUUGAGCAGUAGAGAUUUGGACGGAAUAAUUGCUGAAAUUGACACUGAUGGAUCCGGAACUGUCGAUUUCGAUGAAUUUAUGGAAAUGAUGACUGGCGAUUAAAAUAUAUGGAGUACAAAUAAACAACUAACUAGAAAAAUUCUUAACACCCCACACUCUAUUAAAUAAUAAUUAUUAUAAUAUAAAUUUGACUGAAUAAAUAUUUUAAUGUA